AUGGGAGUACAUCUGGGCAGGGAUUUCGAGAUAGACAGAUCAACGAGCGACCGUGGACCCCAGAUGGAGAACCUCCGAGCGAUUGCAGCACGUAAUGAUACCAGUCGUAGCGACUUCAAGUCGCCCACGUGGAAGAAACCCACGCGCCGCCACAAGCCGACACGUCAGCUUCUGACAGACGAGUGGAAACGGCUCACGACAGAGGCACAGUCGGAAGCCGGGCGUGACGCAGGGCGCACGAAGCUGACAUACUUCAACAUUCAGGCGCCACCAUCGCAGUAUCCCGUGAAACGCUACUGCGACAUCACGGGGCUCAAGGCGCGCUACAAGUCCCCCAGCAACGGGCUGCGCUUCUACAAUAGUGAGGUCUACUCGCUGGUGAUCAAGCCUAUGACACCUGGCAUCGACCAGGAAUACCUCAAGCUGCGGGGCGAUAACAUUGUGCUUAAAUAG